CAAGAACUAUAAGCCAUGCCCCGUUUGCUCAAGUGUCCUCCUCUCUGAUUCACCGCUCGGGACCUCCCUCUCCCUCUUCCUCGCCUUAUCUCUGAGAAAACAAAAAUUUUUUUUAACCAAUUUUAAUUUAUGCCCUCAGUAGCCCUCCUUCCCUCCCUCCGGCGGCGAUGUAGAGAGUAGCCAUGGAAGAAGUCUUCCGGUUUUGCUCCUGUAGCGGCCUCCAACUUCCUUCCAAUCCCCAGUUCCUCCCCUCCCAAAUUCCCAAAAUCCCCACCUCUUCCCACAAUGCCCCUCCCCGCCCCCGCUUCCCCCUCCCCGUCCGCGCCCUACGGCUCUCCCCUAAAACCCCCACCCCCCUUCCCGAAAAGCCCCCGAAACCCCCAACUCUUCCCGUUCUUCCCUCCCAACCCUCCUCUCCCUUCCAUGAGAAGCUCCUCUACCUCGACUCCCUCGGCAUCGACCUCUUCGCCGCCGUUGCUGCCCACCCUCCCGUCGCGGCCGUCCCCCUCGCCGACCUCCGCGCCACUGUCGACCUUCUCCUCUCCAUUGGCCUCGCCGCCGGCGAUCUCCGCCGCGUCUGCGGCAUGUGCCCGGAGGUCCUCGCCGCCGGUCCCAAAGCCCUUACCCCCGUCCUCACCUUCCUCCUCCGCGAGGCUGGCGUACAGGGCCGCGACCUCCGUCGCGUCAUCCACCGCCGGCCGCGGCUCCUCGUCUCCGACGUCGCCUGCCGGCUCCGCCCCACCCUUUACUUCCUCCAGAUGCUUGGCAUCACUGCCAUCUCGAGGCACACCUCGCUGCUCUCUUGUAGCGUAGAAGAGAAGCUCCUCCCCCGGCUCGACUUCCUCCAGAGGGUUGGGUUCUCGCACCGGGACUCGAGGGUGAUGGUGAGAAGGUUUCCUCAGCUCUUCUGCUACAGUAUAAAGGAGAAUCUCCAGCCCAAGAUUGAAUUUUUAGCGUCGGAAAUGGGGAGGGAGCUGAGGGAGCUGAAGGAAUUCCCUCACUACUUCUCGUUCAGCUUGGAGAACAGGAUAAAGCCGAGGCAUCGGGUGUGCAACGAGAAAGGUGUGUUCUUGCCGCUUCCUGCAUUGUUGAGGCCGAGCGACGAGCAAUUCGAUGCUCGGCUGGAGGUAUGUGCAUCUUCUGGAGUUGUGAUUUGUGGGUAUAAUUCCCUCUAGCUGAACUGAUGAAUGGAGGAAUCCUCCUAGCUAAACUCGGGACUUUGGAACAAUAUGAGGCAUGUUAUCAAUCAACUAGUCCCUUGGAGGACAUAGUUGAAGGUGAUUCCAUCACUACUGUCUUUUUCUUCUUCAGAAGACAAGGGGUUUCAUGUUAUAUUUCACUCUUAUGCUCCCAAUGAGAGAAAUUAAGUAGAAAAUUAGUUGGAAUAGUUCAACUCCUCUAUCAAUAACAGGGUUGUUUGAAUUCUACAUUUUUCCAAGCUUUACCUAUCGAGUUCUAAUUGAUGCUUCAUACUACUUGUUUUAAAGCUUGUAUACAAUAUACUUGAGGUUAACCCUUUCCAAGAAGAGGGGGAAAAGAUUUAGAUGUAUUUAUGUGAUGAUACAAUUUGAAUCAAUUUUGAGAAGGAAGGCAUGUUGUGUGCUACCUCGUAUAAAUUAUUUAGUUAUUCAGAACUUGUUCGAAAAAUCAAAUGCCUUGCCUGAGUAGAUUCCCACGGCCGAGAAACACGAACAUGAUUUGCAGGCGAGAUAGUUGUUAUUAUAUCAGCCAGUGUAAAGUUCCGAACUACUAGUGAUGGGCUCCAACCCUCGCUUAUAUGUUGUAUUUUCAGAAACCUUCUAAGUAAGUUCUCUUUUGACUCUCUUAUGUUGUUUCUCUGCUCCUCUUGCUUAUCUAGACGGUUGUUUCUAUCACAUAUCUGGACGGCGGAUGAGCCGAUAUCUCUAGCGACCCUAUCAGCUCGGUGCAUUGGUCGAACUGGUUUCCACCGAUGCCUUGGUCCUUCAGAAAACUUGUUUCAAAAAUCACUCAACGGGUGUAGAGCUCUUCCAUUACUCUUCUAGCAUGCAGAAUGGUACAAGGCUCAAAGGAAUUAUAUAAAAGUUAAA